AUGUCUUUGGAAAAUAAAACAUUUGUUAUUGAUUUUCUCCUUGUGGGAUUUAAAGACCUUAAUUCAUUAAAGCUUUUUCUAUUCUUUUUAUUCUCAAUUAUUUAUAUUUUCACACUGUCUGGUAAUCUUCUGAUCAUUGUAUUGGUGUUAUCUAGCAGUCGACUUCAUUCUCCAAUGUACUUUUUUAUCACCAAUUUAUCUCUAUCGGAAGUUAUUUUUACAACAAACAUCAUCCCCAAUAUGUUAGAGAACUUGUUAAUGGGAGAUAAUAAAAUAUCAGUGCCUGGAUGCCUUACACAAUACUACAUCUUCAGCUCUACAGCCACAACAGAAUGUUUCCUACUUGCAAUUAUGUCUUAUGAUCGCUAUUUGGCUAUUUGCAACCCAUUACGUUAUGCAUCUUUCAUGGACCCUACAGUCUGUAACCAUCUGGUCAUUUGGGCGUGGCUAGUAGGUUUUUUUAUAUCAAUGAUAACCUUAAUUUUGCUAUGUGAGUUGUAUUAUUGUGGCCCUAAUGAAAUAGAUAAUUUCUUCUGUGACCUAACACCUCUUAUAGAGCUUGCUUGUUCAGAUACUCUAGUAGUUGAAAUUGAAUCCUUUUUAUUUGCUUCUGUAAUAACACUAUUACCCUUUGUUUUUAUCAUUAUAUCCUAUUCUCUUAUAAUUUACACCAUUAUGAAAAUUCCCUCUACCACAGGCAGAAAAAAAGCUUUCUCCACUUGCAGCUCACAUCUUGCGGUAGUAUGCACAUAUUAUGGAACUCUGAUCGCUCUGUAUGUAUCACCAUCAAAAAGAAAAACAUUUAAUUUGAGCAAAGUCUUAUCAUUGCUAUACACUAUAGUGACUCCUUUGCUAAACCCAAUAAUUUACAGUCUUAGAAAUAAAGAGAUAAAAAAAGAAAUAACAAAAAUUGUA